AUGGAGGCAGUCUUAAAUUUCUGCUCCAAAAAGGCACCAUUUUCAAGAAAUAAGCAGGAGGGUCCAGUUCGGCCAGAAGGCCCUGCACCAGUUCAAGUUCCCCAGAAUCAACCAGAACCUCCACUUGUUCCACAACCUGUGGCCCCACAUGAUCAACCCUUACCACUUCUGCCUAAGGCACCAGCUGUGUUGCCUUACAAACCUAGGAGAAUGGAUCCCAAUCCAUUUCCUCCACCAGCAAGAGGCAGAAGAGGCAGAGGGGGAAUCAACCUCUUUGCCAACAAUGACAGGAAUAGACUGGGGGCAAACUGGAGGAAUCAUCCAGAUUUUGAAGAAGAGGAAGAACAAAGGGAGGAAGUUCUGCCUAGCCCAUACAAAAUGGAGCGCAGGAUUGACCACAUCCAGCUAGAACAUGGGUGA